UUUUCAACAUGUUGCCUCUGUUAUCUCCCAUAGUCUGUGCGGCUCGGCUUCGCAAAGAGCGGAGCUACCGGGUCAUGGGUCGCUUCAUACAAGAAAGUGGCGUCGACGAGGCAUGGUGUGCUUGUAUGUUUGUGGACAGCAUUGAUCAUACNUGCGACGAAGCAUCAGCAGCACCAAUGAAAUCUGAUAGCAAUCCGGAGUCGCCUUCCAUCGGCGAAACUGUCCAAGAGUGUCACAAAAUGCUUUUGAAGCUUCACAGAUAUACUGAGUCGGAAAUCAUCACCAGUUGUUCCAUGGUUAUGGAUAAGAGA